CAGAAACUACGAAUUCCAUUUCUGCCCCCAACAUCCCCCUCUUUCGGCCCCUUAUUUAGUUUUUGAAACCAUUACUGAGGAAGAAAAGCACACUCUGAAGCGUGUUUCUGCGCGUACGGAGCAGCCAUGGAAGGAGGCGCGCACAACCCUCGCACGGUGGAGGAGGUUUUCAGAGAUUUCAAGGGGAGGCGCAAUGCGCUGAUUAAAGCUCUCACUACUGAAGUUGAAGAUGUUUUCCAGCUGUGUGAUCCAGAGAAGGAAAAUCUUUGUCUUUAUGGAUUUCCUGAUGAGCAUUGGGAAGUUAAUUUGCCUGCUGAAGAGGUGCCUCCUGAGCUUCCGGAACCUGCUUUGGGUAUAAACUUUGCCAGGGACGGAAUGCAGGAGAAAGACUGGCUGGCUCUCGUGGCUGUGCACAGUGAUGCAUGGCUACUUUCUGUUGCUUUCUAUUUUGGUGCCAGAUUCGGUUUUGAUAAAGCUGACAGGAAACGUCUAUUCAAUAUGGUAAAUGAUCUUCCGACGAUUUUUGAAGUUGUGACAGGAGCUGCAAAAAAGCAAGUAAAGGAAAAAUCAUCUGUUUCAAACCACAGUGGCAGUAAAUCCAAGUCAAACUCAAAAACGACCAAAUCAACUAAGGUACAAGCAAAGGAUGAAGAUGAGGUACUCGAUGAGGAAGAUGAAGACGAGCACGGGGAGACUUUAUGUGGGGCGUGUGGCGAAAACUACGCCGCGGAUGAGUUUUGGAUUUGCUGUGACAUAUGCGAAAGAUGGUUCCAUGGCAAGUGCGUGAAAAUCACGCCUGCAAGAGCCGAGCACAUCAAGCAGUACAAAUGCCCGACGUGCAGCAACAAGAGGGCGCGCCCUUGACUUGAUCGGGCCUUGGCUUUUUUGGGGCUCGUCCUUUCUUUUUUUUUUUCCCGAUCAUAUAUCUUUACGGACGAACCAGAUGGCGUGUACAAUUGUUGCUAGUGUUGCUUUCUUUUUCGGGAUGGUUUUCGGAUGCUCUUGCAAGCAACACUCUUUGUUUAGAUCUCUUCUAAUUGUUCAUUGUAGGGAUUUGUUUGAUGUGUUGUGAGGAGAUUGGGCCUUGUUUGUGUCCUUUCAACAUUUGUUUUAUGCUGUCUAAACUGUGGGAAUGUUAUCUAUUUACCAGUUGAACAUUGAAAUCUGUUUUCUUUCUCAAAAUUUGAUGGGUCACUUU